AUGCAGGAUAUACCUAUUGUGGAUCUUGUGCAGCCCAUGCUUACAAACAGGUGGAUCCUAAUAUUACCCGAAAAAUUUUCAUUCUUGGGCCUUCCCAUCACGUGCCCCUUUCCCGAUGUGCACUUUCCAGUGUGGACAUUUAUAGAACACCUCUGUAUGAUCUUCGAAUUGACCAAAAGAUUUAUGGAGAAUUGUGGAAGACUGGAAUGUUUGAGCGUAUGUCCCUACAGACAGAUGAAGAUGAACACAGUAUUGAAAUGCAUUUGCCUUAUACUGCUAAAGCCAUGGAAAGGUCAGAGGUUCCGUUACAGUUACUAUGAUGAAUCCCAAGGAGAAAUUUAUAGAUCCAUUGAGCACCUAGAUAAAAUGGGUAUGAGCAUUAUAGAGCAGCUAGAUCCUGUAUCUUUUAGCAAUUACUUGAAGAAAUACCAUAAUACAAUAUGUGGAAGACAUCCUAUUGGCGUAUUAUUAAACGCCAUCAAUGAGCUCCAGAAGAAUGGAAUGAAUAUGAGCUUUUCAUUUUUGAAUUAUGCUCAGUCAAGUCAGUGUCGAAACUGGCAAGACAGCUCAGUGAGUUAUGCAGCUGGAGCGCUUAUGGUCCACUGAACCGCGGAAUGCUCAGGGAUGGCACCUGCACACACUCUGUAUACGGGGUCCCAGCCUAGCCCUUACAAAGAUACAGUCCCUGGUCUUUGGGUAUACUGAAACCUCAAACUAAUAGAACUCUCUUCUUUUCUAGUAGGUGUAGUCCUUCCUUAGUUUCAACUCAUUUAAAUGCUUUCUUGUUUAGGACAAUGGAAGGAAGGCUGGUAUCAAAACAUUUUGUGAUUUUUUUUUUUUUUUUUUUUUUUUUUUUUAUUUUUUUUUAUUUUAUUUGAGUUAGUCCUUACAAAUAUAACAUGUAAAGCAUUUACCGUAUCCUAAAUUUGCACUCUUCGCAGACCUGUGCACAUGUACUCAGCUUUCAGAAUAGUUUUGCAAGUUGUAAGUGGAAAAAGGGGUGGAAACUUUUUAAUAAAAGAAGAAAAGGAAAACAACGCAUUUAUAAAUGAUCCUGUAUUAGAAUAUAAUAAAAUUCCAGUAUAGUCAGUUACUACCCGUGAUGUACAACAGAUAUAUUCUAUUUUAGUUGCUAAUAAAGGGCUACACAAACCAAAA